AGAAGGGAGGAGGGAGCAAGGAGGAGGGCGCAGGAAAAGGGACCAGGGCGGCCGGAGGUGGCAGGCCCGGCCCGGUCGCUGCGCCCUCCCGGGGCGGCUCCUCCGCCAGCCGGUCCCCGCCGCGCCUCCUCCAGCCCGCAGCUCGCCCGCGUCCUGCCCGCCCCGCGCCUCUGCUCCCGGGCUCCGGCCCCCGCUCCGCGCCGGGAGAGAUGAGUGCCGCCGCGGCGCCCGAGCGCGGCUGGAAGAGCGAGAAAGUGGACGAGGCGCAGGCCCUGGCGCGGAGCUGCGCCGCCCGCAGACCCGACUUCCAGCCGUGCGACGGGCUGUCCAUCUGCGCCACGCACAGCCACGGCAAGUGCUUCAAGCUGCACUGGUGCUGUCACCUGGGAUGGUGUCACUGCAAAUAUGUCUAUCAGCCUAUGACCCCCGUGGAGCAGCUCCCAAGCACGGAGAUCCCCGCACGGCCGCGAGAGCCCACGAACACCAUUCAGAUCUCAGUCUCGCUCACCGAACACUUUUUGAAAUUCGCGUCUGUCUUCCAGCCUCCGCUUCCCCCGGAGUCGCCAAGGUACUGUAUGAUUUCCGAUCUCUUCAUCGACAACUACCAGGUUAAGUGUAUCAACGGGAAGAUGUGCUAUGUGCAGAGGCAGCAGGCGCCCCAUUCCCAGAAGAUGAGCCCUGAGGAGGUCUCUGCACACGAUGCCUUAAUUUCUAAGGAGGGCGACACCCCGAAACUGGGUCACUGCUCCUCCCCUUCCAGUUCUGAGGACUCGGGGAUCAAUGCCGUUGGGGCUCACUAUGUGGAAUCCUGUGACGAGGACACAGAGGAAGGGGCAGAGCUGAGUUCCGAGGAAGAUUACAGCCCUGAGAGCAGCUGGGAGCCCGACGAAUGCACCCUUCUCUCCCCGUCACAGUCGGAUCUGGAAGUGAUCGAAACCAUGGAGACCACUGUGUAGUCAGCUGGGCACUGCGGCCCGCCGGCCGGCCGGGAUCCACCCUGAGCUUCUGGACUUUGAUUUGAUGUGUCCUUUUUCCAACACUCUUGGCAUUUUCCAAGCCCUAUUACCAACUGUAGCAGUCCAGGGGGCUGCUAAUUAGUGUUACCCUUAAAAUUGUAGCUAUGACAUCGUUUUCUUUUGUAUCUUGCUUUCUAUGUAGCAUCUGGUGUCAUGAGCUGUGACCCAGCCUUAAUUUCACUGAGAACUUUGAGAGCGGUGGUGACCACCAAGUAUCAUGGGUCGCAUGGAGGAGCUUCCCAGAGUGGAGGUGACCCUGUUUUACCGGUAGCUCACCGUUUGUGGUGAAGGCUAUUGCCCAGCUUCCCUCUGGCAUGUCACCUGACACCUCUGUGCAGUUGGUUUCGGGUAGGGAAGCAGCUCACUUCAGGAGACAGUGUUGCUGGCACUUCCUCCUUCCGCCUGCCACCCUAACUGGCUCAGGACAAGAGUAGCCUCAGGAGCUGCUUCUAGGAGGUCCCUGGAGGUCUCCUUGGCCCCUGGUGAUGGCCGUGCCAUGGCUUCUGUGACUGUGAGGCGAGAUGGGUCUCUCCAGUUUGUGUCUAGCCCAGCUUUAGCUGUGAACAUACAUGCAGCAGGGUAGUGGGGAUCCAGGAGGGCUCAGACCUGGUUCUCAUGGUGAAGGGGACACAUCGAAUUACAGGACACAAGUCAUGCGGCUCAUGGCACCCAGGAGGCUCUUGGAACCAGGGGAAGGAGAGGUGGACUUGGCCUAGGCUAGCUCAGAAAGUUGCUCCAGUGACUGAGCUGGCCCCGGGUGGGUCCCAGAGCAUCCACUGCCCUCUUCUUGAUUGUCUGCAGAUCAGGGAGAAGCAUUUCAGUUUAGUAGGUAUUAUAUUUAGGAGGCAGCACAUCAGACAUCUUAAGGAAAAAAAAAACCACAAUAGUUUUAGUUAGCAUGGAAAUGCUAAAAGACAAGUCCUUUAGGGAUUAGGAAUGAAUCUAAUAGGUUUGAUUAAUUCUGCUUCGUUUGGUUGUAUGAAGCAUUAGAAUGGCUUAGAUGAGAAACGGACUAGAAUUUUGUAUGAUGCAUGCAUUUUAUGCAAAUGCAAACAGUUGACUCGCUCACUGCUGAGUCAGGAAGAUGUUUUCUGUAACACUUCUCCACUUCACUACGCUGGGAUCCACACACACUGUGUGUGUUCUUUCACACACACAAAAUAGUGAGUAAUUCUUUCUUACGUAGCUUUCUUCAAAACUCUGUUCCUAAUUUGCUAUAUAUUGGGCAUUCUCAUGCGAUCUCAUUAUCUGCCAUUUCCCUGAGUCAAUCUGGGAGGCACAGUGCAAACCUGGGAGCUUUAACACAUGUGAGGAGUGUCACAGAGCAGCAGGGGUACCCCAGCCUGGCGGUCUGAGCAGGCACCGCGGCUGGCAUCCUCCUCGCUGUCGGCACCUCCCACACCCCUCCCUCUCAUUACUGGGUACUCAAGCGAAGGAGAGGCUCGCCAUGCUCUCCUGCAUUUGGGGUUCUUCACUGUGUACUCAAGGAAGAAUCUGCUUUCCCCACUGGAUAUGGAGUUCCAGUGAGUUAUUACUAGAACCUUCUUUAGGCUGACAAGCCCGAAACAUCCAUAGCAUUCAGAAAGCAGAGUAUGUGGCUUCCUUUGAAAAGCAUUACUAAACCUUCCCGUGCUAGAUGAGAAUGUAGCAAAAAUCCCCACUUACUGAGAUGUGAAGACUCAAACCAAGAAGGACCAGCAGGCACAGGGGAGAACAGUUGGGAGCAGCCACAACGUGGCUGGAGUCAUGCUGCUGGCCUGGGAUGGCCUGGGGACAUCUGGGGAGCCCUGCCCGAGGUUUGUGAUGCCCUCGCUGGCAUGCACACCAAAUGCCAUGAGCCACGUGUCCCUCAUCGUGCACUCAGGGCUGUGAAGGUAGCACCUGGCCAUCUUCAGACAGGCGAUGGGCAAUCUCAGAUCCCCGGGUGGAGAGGCAGGCACACCGCACAGCUUCUUCCCCACACCUUUCCAGUACUUUCUGCCACACGCACUAAACUAGCUGGAGUCUACAACCCGGGCUCCAAGGCCAUGAAAACACGUGGUCAGAGCCCCAGUUCUGGAACUUGGCCGGGUGUCGGGCUCGGGCCCUUUACUAGUAACAUCUGUGACUUUUGCCCAGGGUCCUAUUUUUAAAACCCCGACUGCCAUUCAGAUUUGCCACAAUUGUGAAUGGAAUUUUUGCAUUUAAUAACAAUUGAUGAUCCCAUUAAAUAUUUGCACAAUCUCUUUAUAAUUAAACUCACUAAGCUUCACUUGCUGUUUUAUAUAAUUGGACACGUUCCCUUGCAUUCUUGGAUCUCAAAACAGCCUUUUCUAAAUAAGCACAACCAAGAGGUUUUUGGUUUUAUUCUCCUAACACUGUUCAUAUCAGUAACUGUCUAAAAUACGAUUAAACCAGAAUUACUUCUCUAUGCUUGCAUUCUGAAAUCAGCUGAAAGGAAUAUAAAAAAUGUAUAGCUUAACUUCAAUUCUAGGCCUAUUCUGUUCUAUGUUCUAUGAAAGAAUUUCUCUAUAAUCUUGAUAUUAUAGUGCUGAUUUGUAUACUUGUAUUCAUAGGCACUUUAGAAAUACUUAGAUGCAACAUGCACUCUAGAUGGUAAGUACAGCCGUGUGAAAUAGGCUUGCACAGUGAGAACAGAGACGACAGCUUGCAGUCUGGACCUUAUCGAAUGCUUGCCUGGAGCGAGGCUUGGACCGCGUGGAUGGGCUUCUGUGGGAGCUGGCACUGUUGUUACUUUUUGAAAGGUUGUUAGGUACCAGUGAAAUCCUACUCAAUGGGGAAUAUAGUUUUCUUACCUAACCAAGAUUUUAAGUUUCAAGUGUGUCCAUAACUUUUUCUGAGAAAUGACAAAGCAACUAAAGUCCCUUUUGGGAUAACUAUUUGAUAUCUUUAAAACAAACAAACAAAAACAAAGGUUUUACUUUAAAAUCUAGGAUUUUUUUUUUUUGCCUUGUGACAUUUUAGGUAUAAAAUGAGAAUCUGAAGACAACCCUGAAGAGAAGCAGUUGCAUUCCUAGAAGACUUAUACCUCGACACAGUACAGACUAGAGUAAACCCGAUCUUGUGUCCCAGCACAACACAAUGAAAUACAAUACAUAGCAGACUAAAACCAGAACCACGGUAUCACGACACCACACCACACCACAACACAACAUAAUGCUAUACAGAAUAGACUAAAACUGGAUCCACAGUAUCACAACACAGCACAAUGUAAUACAAUACAGAGCCAGUGUCCCAAUAGGCCACAACAACAGAAUAUAAUACAAUACAAUACAACACAACACAAUACAAUGUAACAAUAUAAAAUGCAACACAACACAAUGUAAAACCUGAGCCACGGUGGUUUUCUGACAAAUCUUUGGAAUAUUCUUUUACUUCUUAAUGUCACCUGCUUGUCUAUUUGAAAUAUCAUGUUCUUCUGGGGUUGAUCAGAACAAAUUCUUCUUAUGCAAAUUUUAUUGCAACCAGACACUUUAGAAAGUCAGAAUAUCCAUCUAAGCAUGGUGGUGUAGAUACUGCCAUGUGAGAAAAAAAGCACACGUUUACGUAAAAUACUGUUUAUGUCUCCUGCUCUUGAUUGUCCCGGAUCCUCUUUUCAAAAUUUUAUUGUCAUGUUUUGGCUUUUUACUUGAGGAAAAUAUUUGAACUGUUCUAUUUCCUUCCCCUGUGUCCAGCGGUGCUGCGAACCCAGACAGUGGACUGUGGGUCUUCACUGUGCUCCCCAUGGCGGGGCGGGUGGGAGGUGAGGGGAGCACCACUCACCUUUUCUGUACCACACAGCCCUGAUCGCCAUCUUAAACUUCGGUCUAAACACAAGGGCGUGUGUCAAAAUGAGUUCGUUUCCAAAUCUUCUUACCUUGUCCUGACUGUGGUGCCUGAGCCCGGGGUUGCCUGAAGGGCCGGUGCCAUCCGUGCGGAGCUGUUGCUGCCGAGGGUGAAGCAGCCGGAAGCCUGUCUGGGUUUGCAUGGGCUUCCAGGGCACUGUGGCGCCCACGGUCGAGGCUGUGCAUACCUUGCAGUAGUCAUGUGCUGUGCUGGGUUCUUUUGAACCUGUUUUAAAGUUUAAGCACAAUGUUGACCCUUCUGUAAUUUCCUAAAAUUAUUAGAGUCUGGUUUCCUAAGACAGCUCAACUUUAGAAAAAUACUGCUGUACAAUAAAUGUGGGUUUCUUUUGUACCAGAA